AUGACGACAAUUUCCACCAAUGCACUGCUUUUCUUGGCGACAAUGGUCCCAUCGGUGGCGGCCUUUGUCCCUGCAAGCCUCAUCAAUCAAAGGCAGUCGCAAUCCACUCUUGCCAUGAUGGAUCCUGCGUUGGCGAUGGACACGUUUGCUUCUGCCAAUAAUAUGAUGACGACGAUGGAUCAUUCCACUGCCAUGGCAACAUCUUCCAAUGUCUUGUCGUUUGCCGAUCAAGGCCAAAACUUGGCAGGCAUCUUCUUCCAAGCAUCACUGCUACCCUACUUGCUCUUUCUCUACUUUCUGAGCUUCAAGGCAAACCGAAUAUCCGAUCUGGGAAACUUUGGCUUUCAAUUUGUUUUGCUCUUUGUCGUUUCCACCAUUCCUUCGGGAAUCAUCUCCAAGGCUGUCUAUGGCAUUUCAUUGGCCAAUGUCGACUGGUUACAUGGUGGAGCCGAGACGUUGUUGACGGCAGCCAAUAUACUCAUUGUACUUGGAUUCAAAGAAGCCAUGACAACCCCAAAAGCCGAUAUUGAACCCAUGGGAAAGUACCGUAAUAUUGCUCUGGGUGCCUUCGCUGUCUUUGCCGUCUUUUGUGCAUUGGGACCCAACAUUGGCUUUGAAGCACAUUCCGCCUUUCUCUUUGGAGCCGGGGAUUUGCCAACCACUUGGACUGCCUCGUUGCCAUGGGUCACACAUCCAGAACCAGAAAAUGCACUAUCGAUCCCCACCUGGAUGAUUCACUUUUCAUCCGUCUUUGAAUAUCUAUUUGCCAUGAGUCUCGUCUGGAAGUAUUCCGAAACGACUGGCAAUGAAAAGUGGAAAGGACUCACAUGGGGCAUGUUGCCAUUGCAUGCAUCGGGUAUCUGCGCCUGCACAUAUCACUGGUUCUACAAUGAUCCAUCUCUGCAGUUCUUGGUCACAUCGCAAGCAGGACUAACCUUGUUGGGAAACAUUACCUGCAUGAUUGCUGCAUUUCGAAUUGCGAGGAGCAACGGAUGGACACUCUCCGAUCUCAACCCCUUUCCCAAAUCCAAUACGAGUCCUUCGGGAUUGGUCUCGGAAGGAAUUUCCGCCAUGCCAUUGGAACUAUCCGAAGCAACCGAAACCAACGCCGUGCUGGCGGCCAAGUUGGUCGCAUUGACGGUGCUCACGUCGUAUGCCGUCAAGUAUGGAUCCCUCGGGUUGGAUCUACCCUUUGAACCCAACAGCUUUGUUGCCGGUGCAAUGAUUGUGGGAUUCCCCGCAAUUACCGCCUACCAAUACGCAAACCUGUCCAAGGAGAGUGAGGAAGAUUCCAUUUUUGACUUUAUGAAGGGGGACGGCGAGAACAAACCAAGUUUGAGCAUGGAUGACAUUAAAAAGUACGGAGUUGCUGGAACCGUGGCCUAUGUGCUGACGGAAUUGGCCUUUUGGAUUGUGGCAUUUCCAGUGGCAUCCACUGCCUUGUAUCAGUCCACUGGACACUGGCCUGAUGUUGUGAACGACAAUACCGACAGAACGGCAGUCCUCGCAUUUAUCUUUGCGGGCGCCAACAUCGCCCGAGCGCUGGUCCCACUGCGAUUUGGGGCAGCUCUGGCACUGGCACCUUGGGUCGAUGAGAAUAUUAUCAAUCGAGGAGGUGAUUCGGCGGAAGCCACCGGUGAUUCUUCAAACCCGUAACCAUACAAACAAUAACUAGCUAGGUAGAUCUAUUCUACUA